GCAGGAGGGCUGUGCUCCCAGACACUCAGGAUGAGGCUGCUCUUCCCUACCCUUGUGCUGGCCCUGCUUGCCAUCGCCCGUGCUGCUGAAGACUCCUGCGUGGGCCGCUGUGAGGAUCCCUUCGACGCGCAGCGCAAGUGCCAGUGUGACAGCCUCUGCAUGUACUAUGAGAGCUGCUGCAGUGACUACUCCACUGUCUGCAAAGCCAAAGUGACCCGAGGAGAUGUCUUUGCCUUGCCGGAGGAUGACUACCUUGACUACAACCUCACUGUUGACAUCGUCACAGAAGAGGUCACCAAGGUAGACCCCACAGAACUACCCACGUCUCCAUCCCUGGUGGAUUCCACUCCGGAGACCAAUCCAGGCCCCGAUGAGGUGCUGACAGACCUGCCUGUGGAGGUGGUGCCCAGCACCACUACAGAUGGGUUUGGGGGCCGUGACCCUGUGGGGGAGCCUGAGGAGCUGUGCAGUGGGAAACCUUUUGACGCCUUCACCGACCUGAAGAACGGUUCUCUUUACGCUUUCCGAGGGAAGUACUUCUAUGAGCUGGACAGCACGAGUGUGCGGCCUGGCUACCCCAAGCUCAUCAGUGAUGUCUGGGGCAUCGAGGGUCCCAUUGACGCAGCCUUCACACGCAUCAACUGCCAGGGCAAGACUUACCUCUUCAAGGGCACUCAGUACUGGCGCUUUGAUGACGGAGCCCUGGACCCUGGGUACCCACGUGACAUCUCUGAGGGUUUUGAGGGCAUCCCGAACAACAUCGAUGCAGCCUUCGCCCUCCCUGCACACAGCUACCACGGCAAUGAGAGAGUCUAUUUCUUCAAGGACAAGUUGUACUGGUCCUAUGACUUCACCCAGCAGCCCACACAGGCUGACUGCGAGAAGACCUCCCCCUCCACUGUGUUCAGGCACUAUGCCUUCAUGAACCGGGACAGCUGGGAGGAUGUUUUCCAACUCCUCUUUGGCGGCAGGAUGGCCGGGGCGAGCCGCCCGCGGUACAUCAGCAGGGACUGGCGGGGGCUGCCCAGCCGGCUGGAUGCUGCCAUGGCUGGCAGGAUCUACGUGGCCUCCCACCAGCCACGGAGGAGGAAGUCUCGCCGCCAGCGCAAGAGGUACAACGAGCACCGGUCACUGAAUCUGGGGCUCUGGAGCUGGCUGCACUCUGACUCCGACUCCACGGGUGUUGAAAGUGAUCAUCUGUCAGGCUCCAACUGUGAGAUGCUCCAGAGCGUCUACUUCUUUGUAGGAGACAAGUACUACCGUGUCAACCUGCGCACCAAGCGUGUGGACCUGGUGCUGCCCCGUUAUCCUCGCUCCAUCGCCCAGUACUGGCUGGACUGCCCGCAGCCUGGGGAGGAGAGUGCCUGAAUGGGAUCCCCAGAGUUGCAGGCAGCACAGCCCCAGUUAGACAGAAAUAAACUGUGAGUGCCGUGCA